UUCGUAGAUUUAAAACGCGUUAGUGGGAGCGGCGUCAUAGAAAAUGGUGAUGAAUGUCAUUCUCUAAUUUAUAGUGUCCAUCCCCCGUUACGAAUUCAAAUUUUACAAUUUCUUGACAAGUGUUAUCUUUUUAAUUGUUUUCAAGUGCAAGAUGUUUAUUUUUCGUCGGAAACAAAUCGAGCCUCUCUGAUACAUCCAACGAUCUCAACAUGGCGUAUUUGCCGCUUGUGGCGCGAUCUUUCUGUGACAGGGGCAUGUGUAUAUACAAAUUGUUUACUUACAUUUGAAAUAUUUUGUUAUCGUUUGCAAACAUUGUUGUCCACGGUCGUUGAAUCUUGCAUAAAGUUUGAGCCUUUUGUCAGUAUGAUGGCAACAAGUGUAUAAAAGCAAAUUUGUUCCUUUUGAAGCGUAACGUGCUCGUCCGAGAAAAUUGGAGAAAACGAGUGAGGCCCUCUCCUGUCCUGGAGCCAGAGCCUCAAGAUUUAAGAGUAGUUACUGGACGUGUAGUCAUGGAUCAAAAUGUUGAAACAAAUGGAUGUGAUGAUGGACCUAUUUCCUUAGCUGUUUCUAAUCACAAUGAUGUAGCUCCAUGUGCAACUAAAACAGACAAACAGAUGGCCAAAUCAUUAACUCAAGAAGCAAAGAAAUCUCGACAGUCUACCAGCAAUGCUAAAGGAAACCGUGCUCGCAGAAAUCCUCCUUCCAAUCCCCCCAACUCCACCCCUGCAACCUCUCCGCCAUCUGAGAGGCGGGCUACUCGCAAUCUGCCUCCGCCCUCUCCCGCUAAACAGGUGACUAGGACUCCUACUGCGGCUGAGCGCAAAGCCAUUAAGAACACUACUCCCAUUCCUGCCGUAAACACACAGCCUAGUGGCAAGAAAGUUGCUGCAAAUCCUCCCACUCUCAGUCCACAGGUGGCAGGAACUGCCCCUGUUUUAUCUCAAGAAGUAGCAAGCACACCUCCUUCAAAUUCAAGACAUACGAAGAGCACUCAUCAGUCUCAGUCACAUUCAUCACCCCCGUUAUUGAAGUCUCAAAAGAGAAAUCUUAAGAGACAGUCUGAUGCCUCCGAUCUCGAUGGAUCAUCAGGCAGGGCAAGUAAGCGAGUGCGUCUUCAGCAUCAGCCAUUUCAAUCGCCACCUCCUCCAAGCAUCAUCCCUGCCAUUCUAAGGCAGCAAGUAGUCAAGACACCGGAGGACAAAAUUGUUGUGUUCCAUAAAGGAGAGUUUCUGGCUGUUCGAAAUGAGAAUGGGAGUUUUUUUGUUUGUAGAACAGCCCAAAAUGUGUACAAAAGUAGUAAAAGAUUUAAAAUACAGUGGAUGAGUGAUAAAGAAGCUGACAUAUAUAUUCCCGAUUUCUAUGACCAAACAGACUUUGAAUGUGUUCUGACAAAUCUAAGGCUAAAACGUGUUGAUAAAAAUAAAUAUCAGCUACCACAGGAAGAGCGACAGAGAACUCUAAACAUUCUUCAAAGAGCAUUAAAUGUUGAAAAUGGAAUGGACAUAUCUCCAUUGCAAGUUACCACAGAUGGAGUCGACGUUUCCAUUGUUGGAAAAGAAGAUGAAGAAAUUUUACGGCUUCAACAAGAAAAUUUGAAAAAUGAACAGAAAACUAAAAUUUCUCAAUUGCGAAAUCGGGCUGCGAAUAGAGCUGUCAACAGGGGUCGACCAAAAAGGCCAGAACCAGCAGCAAAGGUUACUCGGGCCUCAACAACAGCUGCUGAAAGCAAAACACUAGCUGCAAAAGUGAAACUUCGGGCUCGGGAAACCGUUAAGGUGAAGCUGCGAAAAGAAGGUGGUCGCAUAAUUGUACAAAAUAAAGCUGGGAAACCAGUCACAAAGCUAAAGAAAAUUGCUGAGAGGUUGCAUCCAAACCCUAAGGUUACAGUGUUUGAAAAAGACCCCACUUUUGAAACUAACAUUCAAAUUCCAUAUGUAUCAUCUUCAGCUCAUAGUAAGUUACUCAUUCGUGCAAUACUUUUGAAGGACAUUAAUAUGUUACAGUCUUUAAUAAAGGACACUACCCAGAUAUGCUCUCUUAAUACUUAUAGAAGUGUGGAUGUUCAGCUUACACCCUUAAUGUAUGCUGUUUUAAAAGAAAAUCACAGAGCCAUUAAAGCUCUACUUACUGUAAAUAAGAAAAAAUAUUGUAAUCCUCCUGAGACACUUUUAGAAUACCAAAGAAGUGGAAGAUAUAAUAUGGUAAUGCUUGGCCAUGCUACAAAAGCAAUAAAUCCUUGUCGUGGAGGCAGAGAAGGAAAUAAUGCAUUUCUGAAGGACGUAAAUUUCUGCGAUUCUACCUAUCCUACUGUUGACCAAACUGUUAUAAAAGAAGCUCUUAGAGCAGGUGUUUCUAUGGAAACGAUCAGUCUUUUACUUACUGAAAAUCAAGAAGAUAAUUAUGUACACUCUUGGAAGAAAGACUUGGUUUUGAGGCAGAUAUAUAUUGCUAUUAGAAAUGGUCAUCAUAAACUUGCUGGCCAUUUAGUUUGUCAAGCCAUGGACAAGGGUGGAUAUGGAUUUGGAAAUCUUCAUAGAGAUGUAUUAGUUUAUGAUAGGCAACCCUUAUCACCUCAUUACAAAGCUGCAUCAGUCACUAAAAAGACGCAGGGCAAUGCAAGGAUCACACCUUUGCAUUGUGCAGCUAUCAAUCCAAAUCCUCAAUAUUUGACAGCUUUGUUAACAUUAGCUCCAGAGUAUAACAUAUCUGAUGAUAAUGGUUGGAGGCCUAUACAUUAUGCAUCAGUUUGUAAAAGCACUGGUCCUUUAGAAUUGUUAAUUUCCAGGAGUAUUAAUCUAGAAGAGCCAGAAUCGGAUGGCAAUACUGCUUUACAAGUUGCUGCCCUUGCUGGUCGUGCUCAUAAUGUUGAUUUAAUCUUGAAACAUUUAAUAGCCUCAGAACAUACAAGAAAGGAAACGGCCAUUACAGUUUCACUUCAAGAUAAACAGUGUGUCAAUGCAAUUGACAAAGGAAACAAAAAAUCUUUUACUGCUCUACAUAUAGCCUGUCAGCAAGGUCACACUGAUGUUGUGAAAGUGCUGAUUAAACAUAAAGCUAAUGUCGAUAAAAUGACUAAUGCACAGCAUGAUAAGCUGACUCCACUUAUGUUUGCUUCUCAGAAAGGUCAUUUAGAUGUUGUGAAACUUUUAAUUGAACAUGGUGCUCAAGUUGAGAUGAAAGAUAAGAAACAGAGGACAGCUCUAACUCAUGCUGUUAUAAAUGGUCAUGCCCACGUGACAUCUUAUCUUUUGCGACUUGGGGCAAAUCCGAACUCCACUGACUCCUCGGGCAAUACUUUAGUACAUUACGCAGCUGCAUAUGGUUGGUACUUUUGUUUGAAACUACUUAUUGAAGCUGGAGCAAGCUUAAAUCUUCCCAAUGAUUGGAAGAUUACACCUCUAAGUUUGGCUUUCAUGAAGGGCCACAUGGGGCUUGUUGAUUUCCUUGUAGAGCAACCUGGAAUUGAUAUAAAUGUGGAUGUAAAUAACGACAGUGGAAUGACAUUAGUCAUGCAAGCGCUGAGAUCAAAAAUUAAUAGCUCUAUGUUAGAGAGGAUUCACUUUUUGGUGGUCAAACAAAAAUCUGAUUGCUCUAAAGUUGAUUUAAUGGGAAACAAUGCUUUCCAUCAUUUGGUUAUGUCUGAAGUUUCUGAAGUUGAAUUAGAGACCAAGAUGGAAUCUUGUGAAGAAAGAAGUGAAAGUGACUCUGACAGUGAUGAUCCAGAAGCUCUCUCCAGAUUUAAAGCAAAGUCUGAGGAAAAACAGUUAUUUAAGGAAGAAGCUCAGCAGGAACACGAUGCUCUAAUCCAGGAAAUCACCAAGCUACUUUUAGACCAUGGUUGUGACCCUAUGGUGCGAAACAAGGAAGGAGAAUCACCAUUCAACCUUGCAGUAAAGGAGGGCUGUUUAUUGUUGGUGAAAAUGUUCCUUGAUGCAGGCUGCGAGUUAAAUUUAGAUGUGAGCCAUUCCGGUGACAAUAUUUUACAUUAUUUAGUUGCUCAUGCUCGUAACAGAAAAGUGGAACCAAUGCUUCAAGCAAUAUUGAAUGCAAAAUGUAGCAACCCUGAAUCCACUCCUCAUCAGUUACUUUGUCAGAUGGCUAAAAUGUAUAACAAAAAUGGGCACACACCUCUACUUCAAGCUUUGUCUGCUCUUAGUUCCUGUCACGAUGAAGAAAGUCAAAAUCGUUUGCUGACAUUUAUCAAGUUCUUAUUAGAUGAACUGGGUGCUGAUGUCUCUGCUCCAUGCAAAGAUAAAGAUGGGAAAGACACAUCAUAUGCCUUGCAUCUUGGUACCAAAUGCAAAAGUGGCAGAGUUAUUGAAGUACUUUUAGCACAUAAACCACCACUUAAUGUUUUUGAUGAGGAAGGCCAAUCACCAUUGAUACUUGCAAUUAAAGGAGAAAAUACAGAGGCUGUAGAAGCAUUGGUCAAGGCUGGUGCAAAUGUGAAUUUGAAAUCCAAUGAUAAGAAUAAAAUAUCACCACUUCUUUUAGCCGCUCAAAAUCCCAAUCUUGGAAAAAUAGUACAGCUUCUUGUUCACAAUAAAGCAGAUGUCAAUGACAUAGAUAAAAAGAACAAAAAUACAGCUCUACAUUAUGUUGUGAGUGUAAGAGCCCCAAAUGUUUUAGAAACUGGCAAAGUUCUGUUAACAGCUGGUGCUGAUGUGAAUGCAGUAAAUGACAAACUAAGAACCCCACUUCAUUUAUCUGUUAAUUCUUCAAAGAGUGAUAGCGAUUCCACAUAUGCCAUCGAAGAAUGCUUAUUAGGAUUUGGUGCAAGACUUGAUGCUCUUGAUUGUCGUCAUAGAAUCCCAUUGCAUUAUGCUUUUGUAAAAAUAGGAAGACCAUUUGAUACAGAUCAAAUAGAUCCAAUGGAACUUGUUGUUUUGUUAACUGGCUCAAUGGCGAAAGAGACCAUUGAGAUUCCCGAUGAUUUUGGAAGAACUGUUUUGCACUAUGCAGCUUACAGAGGAGCAACAAUAUGUGUCAUGCACUUAUCUAAGAGCUUCAGUAACUUAGAUGCUAAAGAUAAAGAUGGGAAUACAGCCUUUGGUCUUGCUGUGAAAAAUGGUCAUUUCAGCUCGGCAUUAAUGCUACUUCAAACUGGAGCUAACUGUGUUGCAGAUGUCAUUACACCUUGUCAAACCAUUAAUAAAAAAGACUCAAAAUCUUGGACAUGGGCCCAUGUAAAGAAACCACCAGAGCCCCCUGAAAAGCAUACCAUAUUACAGGAAACAUUAUUGAAGGACUGGCAGGGAAUUUUGUAUAUGAUGCUAGAUCAACUUGAUACAAUGAAAAAAGAGCUGAAAGGAAUAACUAUUGCUGUUGAAGCAUCCUUGCGAACAUUCAAGUAUAAUGUUGCUCUGAAACUGAUUGGCAGAAUUAAGCACAGCUGGAUGUUGUAUACUGACAAACUGAGCAUGUUGCAUGUAUUAGCCCGAGAAGCUCCUCCAGAUUACUUGCCUGAACUUCAAGUCAAAGUUGCCCAAUUUUUGAUUGAAAAAGGUGUCCCUCCCAUGUCACAAGAUGAACAUGGAAGUUCUGUGCUAACAUAUGCAGCUAUAAACAGAAACUAUACUUUGUGUUCAUUUUUUUCAUCUAAAAUUGGCCUCCCUGUUGCUGCUAAAGUUGACCCAGAUAAAUCUCUUCGAACUGCAUUUUCUGCUCUGUUUUGGAAGCUUACAGCAGAAGAUCUGUCAGAAGACAUAAAGAAUUGGUGUUGUAGUUUAAUCAAAGCUGGUGCCAAUCCUAAUAUGUUGACCAAGUAUCCUAUUGUUAUGAGUUCAUUUCCAGGAGUUAGAUGUGAAGUCUUAAAUAAACUUCAUAUAGAAGAUCCGAAUGCCCCACAGUACACCCCACUUAUGAUGGCCAUUUACAAAGGAAAUUAUGCAGUAGCAAAAAUGCUGCUGAGUAAAGGAGCAGGUGUUAAUUUUCCUGAUGAUAAGCAAAGGACACCAUUGAUGCAUGCUGUUCGCUUGAAUGAUAUAAAAAUGGUUAAAUUACUUCUGAAUUUUAAUUAUGAUCCAUCCAAAGACAAAAACCCAUAUAAUGAUGUAGAACCAGGCAGCUUUCAGAAAACGAGUGCAGUUAAUCUGGCUGCACAAGAUGCUAAUGGAUGGACUGUUAUUCAUUAUUUAGUGGAUCCAAUGCCUGACUAUUGCUAUGCCAAUACUGCAUUGUUAAACUUUUUAGCAGAAUUAGGAGCACCAUUAGAAACUGCAAAUGCUGCUGGAGAAACUGCAUUGCAGAUGGCUGUUCGACUUCAACGAGAAAUUCUGAUAACAGCAUUGCAGAAGUUACUUAACACACCUGAGGACCAAAAGACAAAAAUAGAGCUUAGCCUACCAGUACCUCCAUCUGAUGAUGUUCAGUGGGACCAACCUAUUUCGUCAUAUAUAGAAGAUAGUAAGCAAUAUUUGGAGAAAAUAGAAAAGGAAAGUAUGGAUGUAGAUGAUCAGUCUUCUUUAGAGCCUGAUCCAUUGUCUGGUUUUGAGAGUACUGGAGAAAUUGUUAUGGACACAGAGAAAAGUAUACCAUAUGAUAUUGUUAUGACUGUAGUUGAUUUGAAUUAUGGAGCCUAUGGUAUUUACAACUUCUAUAAAAUGCAGAUUAUUAAACAUAAAGGCAAAGAUCUUUUCGUCUUAUUUACAUGCUGGGGUCGAGUUGGAGACACAGGGCAACAUCAGAAAACACCUUUCAGUACACUAGCUGAUGCUGUUAAGGAAUUCAGUAGAAUAUUUCGUGCCAAAUCUGGAAAUAACUGGGAUGAUGUUAAAAACUUUCAACCUCAACCCAAAAAGUAUCGCUUGGUCCAGUUGGAAAAGAAGAAAUUUGGUCGUCGUCGAAAUGUUAAAUUGAACCUGAAAUCUGACAUUCCAUCAAAACUCAGCACUGACAAGCAAAAGCUAAUGGAAAGCUUAAUGGAUGUCCUUACAAUCGAAGAUACACUGCAAGAUUUGGGAGUAGAUUCUACAUAUGAAGUGUUACCUUUUGGAACUCUCUCUGUAGAAACACUCGCUGCUGCUGAAAAAGUUUUGAAAGAUAUAGGGGAUGUAAUAGCAGAGAAAGAUAAUCUACGUCAAAAUGCUAAAUUCCAAGAUAAGUGUGCUGAGUUGAUGCAUAAGAUUGUUAACUUAAGUGAAGAAUUUUAUCAAAUCCUUCCUGUAUAUGGUUACCAAUAUGAAAAGCUAUGUCCUUUAUUCAGCGAGCCAGAUGUACACUCAAAGCUUAAACUCAUUGACAAUUUGUUGCACAUUGGAUUAUCUUCUCAGUUAUUUUUAGGAGCUAGUUUGAAAGCUGCUGAAAUCAACCCUAAGGAUUAUGUAUAUAGGUCGUUGAACUGUAAUUUAACUCCUCUGAAUCAAGAAUCGCAAGAAGCUCAAAUGAUUUUACAGUACAUUCACAAUACUAGCAAAAAUGUGGAGGUUCAGUCUAUUUAUGCUGUCCAUAUACCAGAGCAGGUAGAGCAAUUUAAAACUACAAAACUUUCCAAUCACAUGCUUUUGUGGCAUGGAACACGCCUUUCAAACAUGCUUUCCAUUCUUGCCCGUGGAUUGCAAGUUGCUCCUCUUGGGAUACAAAUGAACGGCCACCUUUUCGGAAAGGGAAUUUAUUUUGCUGAUAUGUUCAAAAAGAGUCAAAAAUAUUGCUACCAACAUGAUUCUACAAAAGUGAAAACUAUACUCCUUUGUGAGGUUGCAUUGGGUGAUAUUAAGGAAGUUGAUUACAAUGCAGUUUUUGAUCCCAAUGAAAAGUUUGACAGCAUCAAAGCUGUUGGACAUAAGCAUCCUGAUCCAUCUAUGAGUGCAUUCUGGAAAGGUAUAACUGUUCCUCUUGGGACACCGGUCAAUGCCCUGGAACAAUGCACGUCCUCCUCGCACCACUAUCUGAAUUUCAACGAAUAUGUGGUUUAUAAUGCGUCUCAAGUGUGCGUUCGCUACUUGAUACGGUUCACUGACUCCAGAAAUGAUAUUUUUUUCUAAACUUUAUUUUCGUCUCACAUUCACAAUUAAAAAGUGCAUGGACACCUCCUGACUGUGCUUCACGCUCGAAAGACAUUGAGCCAGCAGGCUGAAUAAGACUUUUCACUUCUCUGGGCUUUUCUAUCGCCUAAAUGAAGUUAUGUUACAGAAGUUAUUACAGAAGCAAACUUUUUCCUUUUCUUUUUUAACAUACCAAAUGAUUUGUCAGCAAAAAAAGUGAUUUUUUUUUUGUUUUAUUUUUUUUCCAGUGAACAAACAGUUUUUCUUUAUUUUUAGGUAUACAUAUAACUGAAGGAUUAAAAAAAAAAUAAGACUUGGCACCAAACUAGGCUUUUUAUCUCUUUUAAAAUUCCAGCACAAUUCCUCUAUUAAAAGAAGAAUGGAUUUAAAAAUUUGAAAUUUGAUAGUAUGUUAUGAAAUCUAAUAUCUAAUAUAUAUGUAUAUGCAAAUAUAUAUAUAUAAUAUAUGAAAUGAACUUUAAAAUAUUUUGCUUUUUUGAUAUUAUUUUUAUUUGUGUCACAAUUUGUGUUGGGAUUUAAAAGAAAAGAAAAAUAAUAUUGAAAAAAUAAAUCACUUUAUAGCCUCCUAUGGAACGAAAGUCAUUAAGAGGUCAUUUUUACAAUACCUGAUUUUAGAAGCCCUUGUGACCUAUUUUGGUAACAAGCGCAGUGUAGAUAUAACUCCAUACAGUUGAUUGACUGUAUGCCUUUUAAUUGCAGAAAGUGUUUUAAAUGAAGUUAUGAAAUAUUUAAUUUUAAGAUAUCUUCAUGUAUCCCUAAUUUUAAAGUCAAUAUUUGCUGUUUUGGUCAUUCUAUGGAAACUUUGACAUGCCUGCAUUUUCACUCAUUGCAAUGUUGUUAACCAGGUCAGUUAAUUUACAGUAUUUAUGACCACCUCCUGGACUGAUGGGAAAAUUUUUGCACCAAAUUUUUACCAUUCAUGAACCAAUAUUUUUUAGCAUUCAUCUUCUGAUCGAGUAUGGCAUACUUAAAUAAAUCGAAAUGUUACGAAUCAUGGAAGUCAAUUAUUUGUUUUUGUAUUGAAUUGGGUAAUUGUAUUGAUGAAUGAGAAAUUGAUUUUUCUGUUACUUUUUUUUAAAUACAAAUUUGUUGUAUAAAUCUAUCAUGAGUAGUGUUAAGUUGUGUGGCUGAAAACACUCAUCUGCAAUAAAUGCAGCCGCCAUCUGUAACAACUUGUUACCUGAAAUAAAAAUAUUGCAAUUCA